AUGGACAUCUACCAGUUGGAUUACGUCCUGCACGAACCUGAGGAGAGCGAAGGCUGGAUGUACCUGGCGGAGGUCCCGGCUCUCCAGGGGUGCAUGGCAUGGGGAGAUACCCCGGCAGAGACUUUGCAAGAGCUUCAGGAUGUGGCCCGCACACUGAUUGAACUUCGCAAGGAGAACGGAGAACCCAUACCCGAAGAGCUGAUUCGAUACAGCAGCCCCAAGGGCAGUCUGACAAUUACUGCAUGA